GUAGUAUAUAUAUAUAUGAGGGGCAUCUGCUCCUGCCCUCCGCCAGUGGAGUUUGACUACCAGCUUCUGCACCACACAGGGCAGACGGGAAUACAAACACGAGCAAAAGCUGGCAGGCUGACGAGAACGGGCAGCUUUACAGGACGGAUUAUCUGGUAACUGACCAUUUAGCUGUGGCACACUCGGACUCCGUGUAAGCGUGGGAUUUCGACCAUGAGCUCAGUCGCUGUACUUACGCAAGAAAGCUUUAAUGAGCACCGCAGUGGCCUUUUGCCAGAGCAGGUUGGAGGUGAGAAACAAGCUGGCGUGGCAGGGUCCAGCGAUGCCGUAGAUGAGGACAACCUCCCCACCUACAAGGAUGCCUUUCCCCCUCUGCCUGAGAAGGCUAUGUCAUCUGAGGGGCCCCAGGAGGCUGGAAAUGCUUGGACAUCCAAAAUCAGGCCACUCAGAUCCUCCAUCAUCACCCAGGUUUUCCAUGUGCCUCUGGAGGAGCGCAAGUACAAGGACAUGAACCAAUUUGGAGAGGGAGAUCAGGCAAAAGUCUGUGUUGACAUCAUGCAAAAGACUGGAGCCCACCUGGAACUCUCCAUGGCCAAGGACCAGGGUCUUUCCAUCAUGGUGUCUGGGAAACUGGAUGCUGUAAUGAAGGCCCGUAAGGAGAUUGUGUCCCGACUGCAGACUCAGGCUUCAGCUACUGUGGCUAUCCCUAAGGAGCAUCAUCGCUUUGUCAUCGGCAAAAAUGGGGAGAAGCUGCAGGAGCUUGAGCUCAAGACUGCCACCAAGAUCCAGAUCCCAAGACCCGAUGACCCCAGCAAUCACAUCAAGAUCUCUGGCACUAAGGAGGGCCUGGAGAAGGCCAAGCAUGAGAUCCUGCUUAUAUCUGCUGAGCAGGAUAAACGUGCAGUGGAAAGAUUGAACAUCGAUAAGGUGUACCACCCCUUCAUCACUGGUGCUUACAACAAGCUGGUGGGGGAGAUGACGCAGGAGACAGGAGCCCGCAUCAACGUCCCGCCACCUAGUGUCAACAAAACGGAGAUCGUUAUUACUGGGGAGAAAGAGCAGGUUGCCCUAGCCGUGGCCAUGAUCAAAAAAAUUUACGAGGAGAAGAAGAGGAAUGCCACCACUAUUGCAGUGGAGGUGAAAAAAUCUCAGCACAAGUAUGUGAUUGGGCCUAAGGGUAAUACCCUGCAGGAGAUUCUGGACAGGACUGGCGUCUCGGUCGAGAUCCCACCCCCUGACAGCAGCUCUGAGACAGUCAUCCUGCGCGGGGAGCCAGACCGGCUCGGCCAGGCGCUCACUGAAGUGUACGCCAAGGCCAACAGCUACACUGUGUCCUCGGUCUCAGCUCCUUCUUGGCUUCAUCGCUUCAUUAUUGGCAAAAAAGGACAAAAUCUGGCAAAGAUCACUCAGCAGAUGCCCAAGGUGCACAUUGAGUUUACAGAGGGAGAGGAUAAAAUCACUCUGGAAGGACCCACCAAAGAUGUGCAGAUGGUGCAGAGUCAGAUUGAAGCUAUUGUCACUGACCUGGUUAGUCGUAUGGAUUAUGCAGAGAUCAGUGUGGACCCCAAGUUCCACAGACAUCUGAUUGGGAAAGGCGGUGCCAACAUCAACCGCAUUAAGGACCAGCACAAAGUCUCUGUUCGCAUUCCACCUGACAAUGAGAAGAGCAACCUGAUCCGUAUUGAGGGUGACCCCCAGGGUGUGCAGGAGGCCAAGAAGGAACUGUUGGAGCUGGCGUCUCGCAUGGAGAAUGAGCGUACAAAGGACAUGAUCAUCGAACAGCGUUUUCACCGAGCCAUCAUUGGGCAAAAGGGGGAGAAAAUUAAGGAGAUUCGGGAUAAGUUCCCUGAAGUCAUCAUUAAUUUUCCUGACCCUGCUCAAAAGAGUGACAUUGUACAACUGCGUGGACCCCGAACUGAAGUGGAGAAAUGCACAAAGUUCAUGCAGAAGAUGGUAGCUGAAAUGGUGGAAAACAGCCAUUCUGUUUCAGUCCCCAUCUUUAAGCAGUUCCACAAGAACAUUAUUGGUAAAGGAGGAGCAAAUAUUAAGAAGAUUCGUGAGGAGACCAACACUAAGAUUGACCUGCCUGCAGAGAACAGUAACUCUGAGAUGAUCGUCAUUACUGGGAAGAAGGCAAACUGUGAGGCAGCAAGAAACAGGAUUUUGGCUAUUCAGAAAGAGCUUGCAAACAUUAUGGAAGUGGAGGUUUCCAUCCCCUCAAAGCUUCACAACUCCUUGAUUGGCUCCAAAGGGCGCUUUGUGCGUUCCAUCAUGGAGGAGUGUGGUGGGGUGCACAUUCAUUUUCCCACUGAGGGAUCUGGCAUUGAUGCUGUGACAAUCAGAGGCCCAGCUGAGGAGGUGGAAAAGGCCAAGAAACAGCUGCUUUCGCUGGCUGAGGAGAAGCAAACUAAAAGCCACACAGCUGAACUCCGUGCCAAGCCAGAGUAUCACAAGUUCCUUAUUGGGAAAGGAGGUGGAAACAUCCGGAAGGUGCGUGACAGCACUGGUGCCAGGAUCAUUUUCCCCACAGCUGAGGAUAAGGACCAGGAGCUGAUCACUGUUAUCGGCACAGAGGAGGCUGUGGCAGAAGCACAAAAAGAGCUGGAGGCGCUAAUCAAGAGUUUGGAUAAUGUGGUGGAGGACUUCAUGAGCGUAGAUCCCAAGCACCACCGCUACUUUGUGGCGCGUCGUGGCCAAGUUUUGAGGGAACUUGCAGAGGAGUAUGGUGGAGUCAUGGUAAGCUUUCCCCGCACUGGCUCUCAAAGCGAGAAGGUCACACUAAAGGGAGCCAAAGAUUGUGUGGAGGCUGCAAAAAAACGCAUGUUUGAGAUCGUUGAGGAUUUGGAUGCUCAGGUGACCAUGGAGUGUGUGAUUCCCCAGAAGUUCCACCGUUCCAUUAUGGGACCUAAAGGUGCACGCAUUCAGCAGAUCACUAGAGAUCACAAUGUGCAGAUAAAAUUCCCAGAAAGAGAAGAUCUCCAAGCUCCUCCAGCUGAGACCCAAGUACAGGAGAAUGGAGAGUCUAAUGGUGAGAUAAAGGAGCCAGCUGACCCUGCAGCCCCAAAGAAAUGCGACGUGAUUGUGCUCUCUGGACGUAAGGAGAGAUGUGAGGCUGCUGUGGAAGCGCUGAAGGCUCUGGUUCCUGUGACCAUUGAAGUGGAAGUGCCUUUUGAGCUUCAUCGCUACAUCAUUGGGCAGAAGGGAAGUGGUAUCCGCAAAAUGAUGGAUGAAUUUGAGGUCAAUAUUCAAGUGCCUGCUCCUGAGCUCCAGUCCGACAUAAUCUCCGUUACAGGCCUUGCUACUCAUCUGGACCGUGCUAAAGAAGGCCUUCUUGAGCGUGUGAAAGAGUUGCAGGCUGAACAGGAGGAUCGGGCUCUCAGGAGCUUCAAGCUGACCAUCACUGUGGAUCCCAAGUAUCACCCCAAGAUCAUUGGCCGCAAGGGUGCCAUAAUCACCCAGAUCCGGACCGAACAUGAUGUCAACAUCCAAUUCCCAGAAAAGAAUGAUGAGAAUCAGGACCAGAUCACCAUAACGGGCUAUGAGCAGAAUGCUGUGGCAGCACGUGAUGCCAUCCAAGCUAUUGUUGACGAACUGGAGGAGAUGAUAUCAGAGGACAUUAAUUUGGACAGCCGGGUUCAUGCUCGUGUCAUUGGUGCUCGUGGCAAGGGCAUCCGCAAGAUAAUGGACGAGUUUAAAGUUGAUGUGAGGUUCCCUCAGAGUGGAGCUGCAGACCCCAAUUUGGUUACGGUGACCGGCCUUCCAGAGAUGGUGGAUGAAGCUAUUGAUCAUCUCCUCAACUUGGAGGAGGAAUAUAUGGCAGAUGUAGUGGAAAACGAGUCCAAGAUGGCAUACAUGAAACCCUCUGGUACUGCAGCAGCCAGCUCAGAGGAAGCUCGCGGCCCAUCGAAGGGCUUUGUUGUCAGGGAGGCACCAUGGACUACCAGCAGUGAGAAGGCCCCAGAUAUGAGUAGCUCUGAGGAUUUCCCUAGCUUUGGUGCACCUGUGGCUGCUGCAAGAGCUUCACCAUGGGGACCCAAGCGCUUCUGAAAUGGCCUGUAGUUGACGGUUAUGUUUAAUCUUGAUCCCCUGCUCUCCCACCCUGAAUCCUUUUGGAUAUGGAACAUUUGACACCAACCCCAAUAUACCCCCAGCCCUGAUAUUACCCCCACCACCAUCCCCAACCAAAAAAAAAUUAUCUGCUGCAAAUAGGUGUGGAGAGCUCUUAAAACAGCCUAGGUUUUCUUCUCCAGUUCCAGAAAGAAGUCAGUGAUUUGAGCAUGAAAGCAGACAUUUCAUUGUUUUCUACUGGGUUUGGUGUCUUUAACCUGGUCUGCCUCUGUAGAUUUUGCCCAACUGUUUGAAAACUUGUCUGAUUCAACUUGUUUGCAUUCAGACAAUCACAUAAUAUAGGAACACUCUUGGCUUCAGGUCUGUAACCAUCCAGAUUCAGUAAUUCAGUACAAAACCAUUGACUGAAUGCGAGUGUUCUGGGUUGAUCAAGCUGCUCUGUUUCUUAGUUGCCUUUGCAGUGGGGUGGGGAAAAAGAAUAUACUGUAUACCUCUAAAAGAUGCUUCUGAUUAGAAGUCACUCACCCAAAGGAAAUGGGUAACAAUUUUUAUUUUAAUUUCUUCCCUAAGAUUAACCAUGUGAUCUUGUUGCAGUCAUUUCAGUGGUCUUCCCCCUGUCCUGUCUCUUAUCUCUGUACCUUGUGGCACUGGGCAGGAAAUCAGUGUUGAGCACAGCCUUAGAAACUUUGAAACUUUUAAGGAGGGGACUUGUUCACUACAGAAUUUUAACCAAACUGCCAGUUGCUUUGGAAGUCCCAAGGAUAUGUAAUUCCCUGUGAUACAGUAGUCCAGGGACUGCAAAGUCUCUGCAAUCCACACUAAACUGCUAUAAAUCUCCCUUCUCUUCCAUUUUUGAUAUUCAGAAAAAUCAUGUUUAUUGAAAAGGCCUGAUGUCUGGAAGGGAAAAGGAGCAUACCAUUUUGUGCCAAUUAAAUGUCAAGUAAUGUCGUGUUGCUCAUCCAUGCUACUGGGUCAGUGUUUUAGCCCCCCUUUUUUUUGUCUUCCAGUUGCUAUGCAGGUUGGUCUGAAACCAUAGCAAUGGCCCAAUCAAUAGCCUUAUAUAAGAAUUAUGCAAACACACACAAGAAAAGAGGAAAAAUAUGGAUAACACUGGAAAUUAUUGUCCAAAAAAAGUAAAUAAAAAUGGAAAACAUGUUUA